UCAGUUGUGGUAUCGGCACCACCUAAUAAUGAAUACGCCUUGUGUUGUGCCAAAUUUUCUUUGGAAUAAAUAUUUUAUUGCAUUCGCAAAUAAAAUUAAAAAUUGUUGGCUAAUUGUUUGAAAUAAAACAUUUGCAAUACAAGCAGCUAAAAUAAUAAAAAGUUUAACAAUAAUUACACGUGUGCAUUAAUAAAAUAAAUAAGUACAAUUUUCCAUUUGUGAAAAGCAUAAUGGUGAAAAAAGUGCGCAUUUAUAAGAAACAGCAAACAAAAGGUGAAUAGAAAGAACAUUUCAUAAAAUGAAAAUACCAAAAGGGAAUACAGAAUAAAUCUGAAGAAUAACAACAAAAAUUGCAAAAAUUAAUUGAAUUUAUCAUAAAAAAAUUACUGAAAACAAACAAAAAUGGAAAAUAAAUGUAAUAAAACACCAAAUAACAGUAAUAAUAACAAUACAACAAACAGCAAAUACAUGGAUCAUGUUUAUUGUCACUCAAAUCAAACGAAAAAUUCGUACAACAUUGUAACAACACCCGGCAGCGGCAGUGGAGGUGGUGCGGCUGCUUCUCCAAAUGCUGAUGUAUUGGCAUUGCUUAAGGAAAACAAGCAACUAAAAGCCAUGUUGAUAUUGCAUUUGGAUUUAAUACAGGAACAAAGUGACCAACUCAUGGCUAAAGAGAAGCUCUUGAUAGCACGCAAUGAAGAAAUAGAAACGGUACGAACGCGUAAUUCUGUUCUCGAAAAUCAAGUCAAGGAAUUACAAAAACAGCUGCAGCAGCAAAUAAAAAGAUCUGGCGAAGUAUCAACACUACCCCCACCUCCACUGGCUAAAAUACAAUGCAAAACAAAUCCAUCUAUAGCGAUGGCAACGUUGGGCUCAGUAACGGCGAAUUGCGCCAAAAUUUUAACAACUUCGAGCACGGGAAAGUCUGCUAAUAUAAUUGGAGAGUGCAAUGGCAAGUUGAUAAGUAAAAUAGUGCUGCAGAGAGUAAAUAUGGCAGCCGGUAGGGGAAAACAUAACCAAAGUCCACAAAGUCAAACAAGUGAUACGGAAAAUGAUGAGGAAGCUGAUGAGGAAGGUGAGGAUGAAGAACACGACGAAGGCGAAGAGGAAAUAGAUGGCGACGGUGUUGAUGAGUGCUUAGAAGAUGAAGAGGACUUAGAUGAAAGUAAUCAAGAAGAAAUUCAAGAGGAUGAUACAGAGCAACUUGUUGAAGAAGGCGAGAUCGAAGAAGUAGAACAUUCUCAGGAUUCAGUCGAUGAUAAGUCAAACACACAAGCAGUUGCCAUUGAUGAUUUAUAUGAUACCGGCAACACAACUGAAGACAGCAAUGAAGUUCUGGCAGUGCAAAGCAAACGUUUAAGACUGCGUCAAGCAGCAAAACAGUCUCUGGCAAUACCAAGGGGUGCAAAGCCAAGUGUAUCCCCGGCUUCUACUACAACAAAUGAUGGACAAACUGCCUUUAAGGCAGUAACCUCAUCAUCUUCCUCAUCGACGCUACAGUUAAGUAAACAGCCACCUACACCCAGUCGUGGUAAACAGAUGACAAUUAUGCGUUGGCAUGCACCAGAUUAUAAUACUGACGAAUCCGUUAGUUGUGAUUCAACGGCCGAAGCUGAAAGGCGAUCCACUUCCACUACAUCUUCACCUAUGAAACCUUCGCCAAAUGUUACUGAAAAGAAACGAUUUCAUGAUAAUUCGUCACAGCAUACACAUCAUCGUCAAAAAAUCCGAAGGUGCGCCUAUAUAUCGACACCCCAGCUAUACAGCACUAGAGAGUGGGAAGAUGAAGCAUUUAGUUGCGAUUAUGAUAACGAAUUUUUUAAAGCGGAAGCUAAACUCUUGCAAGCCGAUAAUCCGAAAUUGGAAAUACCCAAAUGGACAGAACAUGAGUUGACACCGUCAUAUUGCAUUGAAGGAACAGAAGAUCUUUCUGAUGAAAUAUUUCUUAAAAGACACGCAAAAUUAGAAGUAGAUGAGAAGCGUCGUAAAAAAUGGGAUGUGCAACAAAUACGGGAACAAAGGCGUAUAGAGCGUCUUAAGAGACGGCACUGUAAAGAUGAAAUUCAACCCACACAAGAUACGCCUAGUUUACAAACAUUUUAUCCCACAACAGAGAAUCUGCAAACAAUUUGUUUCGUCCACGACUUACCGGUGCAGGCAUUUGGAGAAAUGAUACCAAGACUAACAGCCGCUGUUAACAGCGGUGUAAAGGGUGAACGCCGUAAGGGUUUCCAAUUGCCUUGGUUGGACAAGGAGCAUUUGCAAUUUUUAAGCGACAAUAAUAAACCACUAACCGUAUCCACAGUAAACUCUAGUGAAACAACAAUAUCAGCAUCUCUACAAAUACAGCAACAAAUGUUGAACUCUUCUUUUACAUUUCUUAAGAAACGCAGAAGACAACAAAGCUCAUCAUUUGGCACUCUACACCACAACCCUCGUCAACGAAAUCACGCAUCACGUUUUGUAAAUACUAAUAACCCUACAAAUAUAAUAACUACAUGCACAAUUAGUGGUGGCACGACAGCCGCAACUACAACCCCUACACCAACAUUUUUGAACAUUGUAAAAUCAAACAUUGCAACUAGCAGUACUUUAACAACCUCUUCAUCGAUGUCGCUAACGACGACUACCACAACACAUACGGUAGCUAGUGGCAGUAACAACUCAAAUGUAAGCAGUACGUAAAUAUAAUAUUCGAAAGAAAUCUCCGAAUAAUUUCUUUGAGUAGAAAUGUAAAUAAAUUUGAAUUUAAAUAGCUUUUACUAUACCUUAACUAGACAUUUAUAUGUACAUAUAUAUAACUAAAACCUUUAAUUUAGAAAAAUAUUCAAGCACGAUUCUUAAAAAAAAUACAUUGUAUGUAUAUUAUAAAUUUUUACAACAUUUUGACCUAAGAAAAUUGUGAUAAAUUUAAUUAAACGUUUGGAUGAAGUGUAAAAUAUUUAUAAUAAUUAUAAUCAAAAUGCAUUUUCAAUGUAAUUUAAGUUUGUAAGUGUAAUGUUAAAUCAAAUACCCAACAGAAUUGCACGUUAAAUAAUUAUAUAUUUUCAAAAUCAUUUAAACGUAACGUACUAUUUGUACUAAUUGUAGCAAAAUUUAAAAUAAUUAGUAUUUUAAAUUAAUCAAAAUGUAAUGUAUAUAAAAUAAAACAAAUCAUUAGAUUCAAGC